GAGAAUAUUCUGGGUAUUUGCGGAAGCCUUUUGCGGGACAACUAACGUGACCGGAGGAGACCUCUGAUAGUGUUACACUGGCCUGAAGUAUCUCUCAAAUUUCUGAAAACAAAGCGUCGCCAUGCCGCUUACUCCCCUCGUUUACUGGGCUCAGCGGCACGAAGAAGUUUACCUACGAAUAGAGCUGACGGACGCUCGGAACAUUAGCAUCCAUGUACAUGAAAAUGUCCUCCACUUUGCAGCUCAGGGUAAUGGUGCAAAGGGACAGAAUGAAUACGAGUUCAACUUGGCAUUUCUUUUACCGGUGAAGACAAAGGUGAGUCACAAGUCCACGCAGCGACAGGUGAACAUUACCGUGAAGAAAGAGCAAUGGGGCUGGUGGGAAAGACUGACGCUGCAGGAGCGUAGACCUGUCUUCUUAUCGCCCGACUUCGACCGCUGGCUGGAGGAGUCAGAUGCUGAGAUGGAGAUCCGGGAAAAGGAGGAGAGAAAGAACAGGCUCAAGGCUGCGAGGCGUAAAGAAGAAGAAGGUUUUAUCAGCUUGAAAACAGGGUAUUUGUUUGUUUACAACCUGGUCCAGUUUCUUGGUUAUUCAUGGAUGUUCAUCAACAUGACAGUGCGUCUUGUCAUCUUUGGAAAAGAUUCCUUCUACGACACAUUUCACACAAUGUCGGACGUGAUGUACUUCUGCCAGGCUCUUUCAUUUGUGGAAAUUCUCAACGUCGCUUUGGGCAUCGUCCACUCACCCAUUGGUCCAACUGUUGGACAGGUGCUUGGAAGGAAUUUCUUCCUUUUCAUCAUUUUUGGUAGCCUGGAGCAAAUGCACCGCCAGCCUGUCGUCUUCUUUGUUUUCUACUUGUGGAGUUUUAUUGAGCUUGUUAGGUACCCAUUUUACAUGCUGGGCUGCAUCAAUGUAGACUGGAAACCUCUAACCUGGCUGCGGUACAGCAUCUGGAUACCACUGUAUCCGUUAGGGGUUUUAUCUGAACGUAAGAUUGAUCACUUUGUGAAACAUUUACAUUUCUUCAGUGCAAAUACUGAAAAGAGUCUCAUCGCCUAUCGUAGUUGCUGGAGUGAUACAAUCCAUUCCCAUCUUCGACGAAACCCGACUCUUCAGCAUUCCUCUGCCAGAAGCAAUCGGCACGUCUCUCAGCUUCUCCUGCCUCUUGUACCCCUAUGUUGCCGUCAUGUUUGUGGGACUUUAUUUUAACAUGCGGCACCUCUACAAGCAGAGGCAGAAGCGCCUCAGCACCAAAAAGAGGAAGGCAAAUUGACAAUAACGUUCUUCUGACACCUCUGCUGCCUGCUCAUUUCUGAAAAUAGUUAAUUGAUCUCUGUUGUUAAAAAUCGAGCUUCAGACAUUUAGUUUACUUCUUUUCCUUUUUUAGUGGCGUCAAACUAAUUUCCUUUGUGUUGAGGUUUUAACAGCAUUACAUCAUUGCUUAUGUGAUUAUGAUCGCACUCACUGAACAGUUUCUCUAAAAUCAGACAGACUUCAGAACUCUUAUAGAGCAUCAGGAUUAGGUAUCCUCCAUUUUACUGCGCUUCGUGUUUGUUUGAUCCGUUUUUUUUCAACCCAGUGGUGUUUUCGACUGUAACCAGCACUGAUAAGAACACACUGCAGUUGUGAUAUCAUGUGAAGAAAUCAACCUUAAUUAAUUAUUAUGAAUAAGUUGUUAUUUCCGAUGCAUCCGUCCUACAAAGCUCAGGGGAAAAACAUGCCGGCGACCGCUAAAUCAUGUUAAUAUUCUGAGAGUUGCAGUCAUUUUGAAAGAGAACCUGAACAGUAACUUCCAGCGUUUUCUGUACGUGUGGCAGUUAUUCAACCCUGAAUAAAAAUGAAGUUUUAAUGUGGUCUGUUUCUGGAAAAUUCCUACAAAGACAUGUAAAAAAAAAAAAAAAAAAAAA